CCUGCCGCUGCUGUCGCCGGGCGCGGCUGGCUCGCAGUCGCCGCAGAAGGGCCAGAGCGCGGACGAGCUGCCGGUGACGCCAGCUGACUGCGGAGAGCGACAUUGGGCCGGAUACGUCGCUGACGCAAGCGACAUGGUCAGCCCAACAUCGGAGGGUCUCGCCUCGCUGAGCCUGUCGGCGUGCUGUCUGGCCCUGGAGGAGCCCUCCUGCCGGGACGCCGCCGAGCUGGUCCGCAGUCAGCUGAGCCCUGGCCAGUUGACGGCGCUGCUCGCGCAGCCGGCGCUGCGGCGACGGGCACUCACACUGCUGGCGCGCCUGGCGGCCGCCGAGACCGACGAUAGCUCGCAGCCGGACUCGACAGAUGGCAGCACGGCGAUGCUGAUGGAGACCCUGCUGGCCCGCACGUGCGCGCUGUCGCUCUGGCUGCUAGCGGGCUCCACCGACGCCGCGAUGACGUCAGUCGAGGCGGCGGUGACGUCACCGGUGGCCGAGAUGCCCCUGCUGGCCGACAUGUGGCGCGCCUUCUGCGACGCGCUGAGUCGCUCGGAGCGGCUGGGCCGCGCCGUGCUGGCUCAGUACCCGGACCUGGGCCGUGACCUAGCCACGGCCCUGGAGCGGCUGCUGGCGUUCACCGGCGCCCUGGAGCGGGCGCACCCCGUCGCCUCGGCCGACCUGCUCAUCGACAGCUGCCUGCCGACCCCAGAUACUAUCGAACAGCCCGAAGUGACGUUGGUGGAGGGGUCGGUGGCGUCAUCAGAGAGUGAGGUGGACCCCUGCCCGGGCUCCACGGACGGAUAUGACGCUGACGUGGACGUCGAAGACGCCCCGCCACCGCUGCAGAGGCCGGCGCCGCCGCCGCCCGGCACGCCCGUCUGGGCGCGCAAGACGGCGCCGGCGGCUGCCUCAGAGCUGGUGUGCGUCUCAGCAGGCUCGAUAGCCCGUGCCCAUGGACAAAUUGACGUCAGUGUCGAAGUUCAUCAUCAGGACAUCCUCAAUCAACCGCCAGCUCCAGGAGAGCUCGGCUCUGCCAAAUUCAAGGAGAUCGCAGAACAGAGCGCUCCUCACCAGAACACCCUCACGUCAGCUGAGGCCAAAGAGCUGGUGGACAACUGCAGGCUGGCCGGUGCCGACUGUGAUCUGAGCCGUUCGGCGAGCGGCGGCUCCGUCCCGAAGGCGGCUGAGUCCGCGCCGGCCGUGCUCUCCCAGCCCGAGUCGGAGACGUCUGGCGGCGACCGGGAGGACGGCGACUCGGGCUUCCCCGGCGGGGCGGCGGUUGAAUCGGUCGGUGCUGCCGUCGCGGUGCCUGAGUCGGCCGGUGCUGCCGUCGCGGUGCCUGAGUCGGCCGGUGCUGCCGUCGCAGCGGUUGAGUCGGCCGGUGCUGCCGUCGCGGUGCCUGAGUCGGCCUGUGCUGCCGUCGCGGUGCCUGAGUCGACCGGUGCUGCCGUCGCAGCGGCAGAUUCGGCCGGUGCUGCCGUCGCGCCGACCGGCCGUUCUGCACAGCCGGACGUCGUCCCGCCCGUCUUGGCUGAGCCCGCCGGCGCCGUGACCGUGACGGACGAGGCAGGGGACACCGCGCCAGGCGGCGGCUCUGCCCGACCUCAGGCGAUCGCCGAGGACGUGAGCAACGUCACCACUACACCAGCCAGUCCGGACGCCGGUCCGCAGGCCGCGGCCGCCGGUGCUGGCCAACCGGAUCGCUGCCAGCCGCCCGCCGCCGCCGCCGCCGCCGCCGCCGCCGCCGCCGCCGGCUCCGUCCAUCCAGCCGAGGCGGUAGUGGCCAGGCCACCCGACAUGGAGGCGGCACCGCCACUGGACACGACGCCGCCGGCGGUGGUGGAGUUCUGUGGCGGCCUGCAACACGCCGCCGCUCGGCUGGCGGCCGUCUGUGGCCAGAGCGAGACCGACGCCGCCCAGCUGCGGCAGAUGGCGCUGCCGAGCCGCCUGCUGCAUGGCCUGGCCGAGCUGUUCACCGUCCGGCUCUCGGCCACCGACGCCGCGGUGCGCGCCUGCGCAGAGCUGACGUGGGCCGUCCACGCCAGCUCGGUCACGGCUGACGUGCUGGGAGACUACGCCCGCUUCCUGACCGCGCCCGACCCGCCCGUCAUGGCGCUGGUGUCGCCGCUGACGCGCCUGUUCGAGUCGCCGCCGGCGCCGAUCCACGCGCUGCAGUUCCCGGCUGGGCCGCCGACCGAGCUGGCCGAGGUGCCGGACCCGGCGGACACGUCCGACACAGAGGGCAGGACCGAGCUGCUCAAGAUGCAGCGACUCCACUACGACAAACAAAGCACCCCGCUCACCUGCCGCGUGCUGGACGAGCAGCGGCUGACCGCUCGACUGGCCCCGGGCCGCUGGACGCACGUGGCGCUCCGCCUGGUGCCCUGCGGCGCCGACAUGACGCUGACGGUGCACGUGGACGGCUGCGUGAGCGAAAGCCUGGACGUGCGCUCGGCCACGUACACCAGCGCCAUCUGCGAGCUGGCCUCUGUGCUGGUGUUCUCGGAGCCGGUGCUGGACCUGGACCAGGCCUUCAUCCUGCGCCUGCUCGGCCCCGACUGCGCCGACCUCACGCCCUGCGCGUUCACGCCCCUCCAAGUCAGCAUCUCCGACAGCCUGACGUCUGCCGUGUUCAAGAAGGUCAACAUCGCCAGAAUAACAUCCUCCUUCAGUGACAUGAUCAAGAAACUGGAGGUAAAGUAG